AGCUAAAGUAACACCUUAAAAUUCCACUUGGCCCUCUUUUCCGCCGCCGUUAGAGUUUCGAUUCCGGUCAUCUCCGAUUCCUUUCUUUCGCCGGCGGAGAUUCGUUUCUUCAGAAUUGAAGCUCCACGGUGCUCUAUAUCACCGUCUCUAUUUUAUCCCUCAAACAUCAACCUCAAUUUUUAGGGGAAGAGAGUAAUUGAGAAGGGGGAAAAAGGAAGAGGAUAUGGGAGAGGUGUUGGCAUGGCUGCUCUUUUUCUUCAUACUCAUUGCUCUCCUCGUUAUGAUUGUUUUCCAGCUUAUGUGCUUGGCGGAUUUAGAGUUUGAUUAUAUUAAUCCUUAUGAUUCGGCGUCUCGAAUAAACAAAGUAGUUUUACCAGAGUUCAUCACACAAGGAGUUCUGUGCUUCCUUUUCCUUAUCACUGGACAUUGGUUUAUGUCACUUCUCUGUGUCCCGUACCUGUACUACAACGUGAGACUGUACCUUCGAAGACAGCACCUCGUAGAUGUGACUGAAAUCUUCAACUUGUUAAAUUGGGAGAAGAAGGAGAGACUUUUCAAGCUCGGUUAUAUCAUACUUCUUCUCUUCAUGUGUUUGUUCUGGAUGAUUUACAAUGCACUUGAAGACGACGAGAAUUCGUUUUAGGACAUUCGAGCUGCUGCUGCUGCAUUCUGUUUGGAUGGAUUGGCUGAAAGUGACAUCUUAUUUGAUUGUAUUUUAUAAUACGAGGCGUCUUCAUAACUUUUUUCAAGUUUCGACUAAAGUUAUUCCUCUAAUUUGGUUUUAUCAUGAAGGUGUAAUAUACUCGUAGUUCAGAUGUAAACUUGUUUCUUUUUUGAUGUACCCAACUUGCGCGCUCCUUUCUUUACACUUAAAAAUUCCAAAAUUUUCUGGUUGUUUCUUA